AUGGCCCAGGGAAGCUUCAAGAAGAGCGGCGGAGCACCGAAGGUGAAGGGGAAGGCGGGCAAGGGAAACGUGGCGGCGAAAUCGAGGAGAUUGGUCAACAAGGGCAAGACGGCAGUGAAGAAGGGCUCGUGGAAUAUGCCACCAAAGCAGGCGGCCAAGCUCGCGGCGGCCAAGGAAGAAAUGGCUAGGACAAAAAUGAUCAACAGCACAAACGAGAAACAGGCGGCCGCGAAGUGCUUCCAGAACCAAGAGAAGCUUUUCCUCAGAGAAGUAAAGGAAAGCGGCCGAGAAUUGGCGCGCGACAUCAAGCGAAAAGCGCUCAAGCGAAAGAAGACGCGAAUCGAAGAGAAAUUGGAGCAGGCUAAAGAGAAGCUCGAACGCGUGGAGAAGAAGCACGCAUAGGUGUGGUGAUGACGACUUUACCACUUACUUUUUAUGCGUUGGUUGUUGGUUGGGCGGGGGCGUUGGGGGGCGGGGGAAGGCGUUACUCGCACCAGGGACAGCGGACUCGCAGGCGAUCGCGGCUUCUGUCCCAUGGAUAUUCGGUGUAAUGCGAAGCGUAUUUUUGUUGUUCCGCGCGCCGGCGGCGCAAUAACCCGCGUGGACGGACGAAGCCGUAAUUUUUUGGGACGUUCGUGCCGAGAACGAAGAAAGGCGUGGUUUGGUGUGGAUUGAAGGUGGCGGUAUGGGGCAGCGCUCUGCGCUUUGGGUUGCAAGGAAGUUGCUUGAACGAGCGUGUGAGGACGUUUAUGUCAAGGAGUCCCCGACUUCGUCGAAUGCAGUACUGUAUGUGUAUAUCGUUGGCACCACUGCAGCGUUCUCGGCUGUGCAAGAGCAGUACGUCGAUGUACGGUUUGGCGCAACAAACGUAGCACAAGAGCGCGCAGGAUGUUGGUGGUGCUAAUGUGCGAACAUUCGUCUUUGGCCUGUGUAUGGUUGCGAGGGGUUUCGAGAGCGUCACAAGAGUGACGCUGUCCGCCGAGCCGCCAGGCCUUCGGUUGCGAUCAUGGUGCCCUGUUUCUCUCUCUCUCUCGAUCAGCAAGCGAGUUGCGCACCUCUGCCAAGAGUUGAGGCUUGUAUCGUUGGUCAAGUAGAUAGGUUGUUUCUUCCUUUGCUGGGUCAACGUGACAAUUGCACCCGGUGUUGUAGCUGUGCCUACGGAGAUGCGCGUGGGCGAAGGAGCACGGUACGAUUCGCUCGGACUGCCGGAAGGAUGGAUCUGAGUGACAUCAAACGCAAACUGUUGGCACCCUUCGUCCGGCAGCUCCCCUUUCACUCAGAGGCGCAAAAGGUGUUUGCCUUGCUGGACAUGGCAUGCCGGGCUAGGUGUUUCUAACGCUGGGUUGUAUUGCUUUCGACGGCGGGAUAUCUCGGUACACUUGGUCAAGCGGGGAAGAAUGUGUGAGCUCCCCGUUGUCACUGCGCGUGCGUGUUUGAUCCAUGCCAUGUGACAUGCCGAUAGUUCUCUGGACUCCAAGUAGCGAACGAGCGUGUUUUACCGACCUGUGUGACAAGCUGCAUGCGCCCCUCCAGAUAAAAAUUGCCAUCUGAUCAU